AUGGAUGGCCAGCGGCGCCUUGGGCACCCUUCCUCGGGUCUCUCCAUAACCGUCAGCAACCUCAGGAAUCUUGUGCAGAGACUUACGGCAGAUCUAAGAGAGAACAUUGGCUUUACGGAUUACUUCAUUCCGCUACUCGAAUCUUUGGCAAGUCAGGCGGCCAAUGCUGAAGCGCCAACAAACAAGAUUACCCAUCUGUUCUACUCAGCUGAGGGCCUUAAUGCCCAUUCACCUUUCUUCCGAAUGGAGGCUUCUUUGGAGUGCAAUAUUCUCGAGAAUCUUGUUCACUUGGAUCUCUGUCUCUGCAGUGAAGAUGGCGACAGUCAAGCUUUCGAAGGGUUUACAGUUUGCCUUGCGAAUGCCAGAAGCUUGGGGAGCUUGAAAAUAUGCAUGGAUAAAGAUCCCUUCAUGUCCACAUUUGGAGUCAUUCCCACGCUGCCCAAACUUGUUAUUGUGGAGUUCGUGGAAGUGAAAAGUAUUGGAAACCCCAAGGGUGCCUGGAUCUCCCAGACUGUCGCUUUCAUUCGGCGCCACGCGAAGACACUGAAAAGGUUGUAUUUCACCUCCGCGACAGUCGGUCGUUCAUUUCUUACCGAUCUCUCACGCUUGGAUUCGUUGUACUUGGAUACGUUCGUUAUCUCGUCAGGAGACGACACCGACAACGACGGCGAUGACUAUGGCGAGGACUGCGACGAUGACUACUACAGCGACAGCGACUCCGUGUUGUCCGGUGUGAAAAGGCAUGAGCGUAUGAAUGAACAGAUAGUUCUUGCUUACGUCAACCGAGCGGAAGACCCCGAUCGGAAAAUUCCACUGCCAUCUUAUAUAGGUCAAAAGACGCAGAUAUCUACACACUCCCUAGUCUUCGACACAACUACCUGCCAGCUUUCAGCCUUCCAUGCUACGCGGGACAACCUCUGGCAAAAGAGGGGAUAUGAUUUGAAGGAUAUCAAAGCUUUGGAUUCUGCUACCUUAGAACGAAGGGACGAACAUGGGAUCGCCCAUAGUCUUGGGCCCCGAAGGAUCUACCAUAUCGAGACGGGUUUAUGGGUUGACUCGGACGAAGUUUUCUACGACCCCGUCACUGAUGAAGAGGUUGAUGAACCUUUUUCAAACCGAGAAAUGCCCAAAGACGACUCCUGGACUGUCCAAGGACAACAUACGUGGGAUUCAGAAAUGGGUCUCUGGAGAGAUGGACGAGGAAAGCUUAAGAAGUUCGCAGCUGAAAUGGAACUUCCAGAAAGACCAAACGUCCCCGUCGAAGACCAAGACUCUGAUUUCCACAUCGAUAUGCAGCCUUUCUACGACAGAGAAGAAGACGAAUAUCUCCUCAGAAUCGAAAACUCACCGCGGUGGGAUUGGGGACGAGACGCAAACGGCCAGGUUUGGUACUGGGAAGUAAAUGGUACAGCUGGUCACGCAACCGAGACUUGGCUCUUCGAGCACAACGGAGAGUUUGUGUAUGGCCAUGAACCGCUGGACUUUUGGGAUGAUUGGUACGAUGAACCUGGGGAUAAGGCUGAGUCGACACCCUACGGCUGGAAUCUAUACACUUUUCUCGCGAGUAAUAGGCUUGGCAGUGAGAUUCCGCAGCGGAGCACAUGCAAGCCCUUACGUCUUUAUUGUAAGAAAGAUGACCCGAUGUACGGCAAUAAUGACCUUUUUCGUCAUCUUCCGAAGCCAAUGGACUAUGAGGUGUGGUCCGACGAGCAAUGGCCCUAG